AAGCCCCUCCUCCUUCCCUGGGCCACGUCAUCACAAACAAACAUGGCGACGUGCUGCACCUGCACCUGCACCGCUUCUCUGGCUGUAUUUGCGCUGAUUGCGGCGCUUUUAAUGGUGUUUUAUGCAGCAGGUUUAAAUGUAACAUGGCCGGCUGUGUCUCUGACUGUUAUGGCCGUACUGGUGUCGCUGUGGUUGCGGCAGCGGGACGGUGGGACUGACCGGCGGGUGUGUGUGCUGGUGUUGGGGGAUAUCGGUCGCAGCCCUCGGAUGCAGUAUCACGCCUUGUCCCUCAGCAAACACGGAUAUAAUGUUACUUUUGUCGGGUUUUUGGAUACCAAACCUCAUCAAGACGUGCUGAGAGAGCAGAAAAUAAGGAUCGUCCCCAUAACAGAAGUGAAAGGUGUUCGAGUGGGACCGAAAAUCCUCACAUAUGUGACGAAGGUGAUCGUUCAGUGUCUGCAGCUUCUUCGUGUGCUGCUGAAGACGGAGGCACAGUCUCAUAUUCUAAUGCAGAAUCCCCCGGGCUUGCCCAGCAUUGCAGUGGCUUGGCUCGUGUGCGUCCUGCGAGGCAGCAGAUUCGUCAUCGACUGGCACAACUACGGCUACACCAUCAUGGCCCUGAGCCACGGCCAGAGACACCCGGUGGUCAGACUGGCAAAGUGGUAUGAACACUUCUUCGGGCCUCUGGCCACACACAGCCUGUGUGUUACCAACGCAAUGAAGGACGACUUGCAGAAAAACUGGGGCAUCAAGGCGACGACUCUGUACGACAGACCAGCCUCCAUCUUCAGAGAGACUCCGCUGAAGCUGCAGCACGAGCUCUUCAUGAGACUGGCCAACACUUAUCCUCAGUUCCAGAGCAAAGGGUCUGAGGAGGUGGAGGUGGAGGUGGAGAGGACAGUUUUCUCAGUUUGUGACCUCACUGAUGACACAGUGACCUUGAGGGCGGAGCGACCGGCGCUGCUGCUCAGCAGCACCAGCUGGACAGAGGAUGAAGAUUUCUCCAUCUUACUGAAGGCUCUUGAAGAGUACGACGGUUUCAUUAAAGGAGGAGCUUCCUUACCAUCUUUAGUCUGUGUGAUCACAGGUAAAGGUCCUCAGAAGGAACACUACAGGAAGCUGAUUGACUCUCUGCAUUUAGAACAUGUGACGAUCUGCACUCCCUGGCUGGAGGCAGAAGAUUAUCCCGUCUUAUUGGGCUCGGCAGACCUUGGUGUUUGUCUCCACAAGUCGUCCAGCGGUCUGGAUCUGCCCAUGAAGGUGGUGGACAUGUUCGGCUGCUGCCUGCCCGUCUGUGCCAUCCACUUCAACUGUUUACACGAGCUGGUGAAGCACGAGGAGAACGGACUGAUCUUCAGAGACUCUCAGGAGCUCGCCGAGCAGCUCAAGUCUCUGCUGUCAGAGUUUCCCAGUUCAGAGGGCAGACUGGGUGUGUUCAGGAGGAACCUCCGCACCAGCAGAGGGCAGCGCUGGGACGACAACUGGGACCAGAACGUCCUGCCGCUGAUCACUGCUCCCUGAUAGACCCUGGUGGGAUUUUUAAAUGGCAUACACCAAUAUUUUCAGACCACAAUGCAUCUAAAGUGUCCCUUUUAACUUCAUUCUUGGCAGAGAAGUGUCAUUUGAACCAUCUGACGCCGUUUGCCUCGAUGAUUUUCAGUUUACGACUGUUGGCAACAGAAAAUGACACACGGGGAUGAACGGCAGAGAAGUCGCGUUUAGAAUAUUUGGGCUGAAAAGUCGGGACAUCUUUUGUUUUAAUGUCUUGUAGCUUGAAGGUAGAGGAUCAGCGCAGACGGGACGAUGAUGGUGGUCUGUGGAUCAACCAGAGAGUGAAACAUCUGGGCAUCACUCUGUUUAGUUUGAGCCCAUUAAACUUUAAGAAAAUGAAAUGCAGCUGUAACACACAGGUGAGAUAAAAGCUUCUCUAAACGCUCCACCUGUAAAAAAAACUUUCUAAUUCUACUUCAGAGAACUUGAAUGUAUAAAAGGACACUUUGAUACGAUGUACAUUUGUAAAUAAAAUCUUUAUUGUGCUACA